UCUUCAGAUGAUUGCUCAUCGUAUGCACACGGCACAGAUGGUGACCAGCGACGACGACGCUUUCCCGCUGGUGUACACAGGCCAGGCCGCCUACAUCACUGACGUCAGCACGGUGGACUUCAUGUACAAGAGGGACUGCAAGAACCUGCACGUGGCCAAAAACAUCUUCAGCCCCAGCGGACUGGGCAUCGCACUGCCUCAGAAUGCUCACUACAAGGAGCCUUUUGACAGGGUGAUCCGCAAGCUGCAGGAAGUGGGUGUGCUGGAAGUGUGGAAGAGGCGGUGGUGGCGGACCUACAGCGACAGCUGCACCACGGAGUCGCCGGUAAAACCCGCCAAGAAGCUUGGUCUUGUCAACAUCGGCGGCCUCCUCAUCCUCUACAUCAUCAUGGUCGCGCUGGCCGCCCUCGUCUUGAUGCUGCAGCGCGUGUUCCAGGCGUCUGUGCGCAGUGGGCAUGCGCACUGCAAGCCCACCAUACCACGUGACCGUGCUCGCCACGUACCUUUUGAGAAGAAGAUACAGCAGCUGGAAGGACUACAAAAUGGCGAUGACCGCGAGAAGGACAAGUCAGAGAUGAAGACAGAAAUUAGUGACAACUAGCAAUAACCUGAUGAAGUUGACAAUUUACUUCAGCUUUAACAUUAAUUUAAUAAUUUAAUAAGUCGAUGUGCUUAUGGCGAUUUAAAUCAGUUGUGACAUCCAGACAGACAGGCCAUCUUGGCAACACUGAGCUGAAGCUAACCUGGCUGGCUCUGCUUGAAGCACAGUUGCCGCCAUCUUGCUACUCGUAAGGCGACCCUGUCUCAAUAUCAGGGAUCAAGCAAGACUGUUUAUUAUACAUAGUUAUUUGAGUGUAACAAGAGGCUGCUGUCACUGUUUCUAUUGUCAUAUCACAGCAAC